UUAUUCAAAAUUGAAAAAGCAAACUUUCAAAACAAAAUUCUACCAAAAUCAAGCCCAUUCGGCUCGAAAAAAUCGCAUCGUGUCUACCACGUCUAAUAUAUGUAGAAAUUGCGUAGUUUCUAUCGGGUUAAAAAAAAACAGAAAAGUGAACACACUUUUUUUUAAAGAAAAUGCUCAGACUUGAUUAAAAUAUCAAUAGUUGUGUAAUCUUUGGCCCUAUUUGGGUAAUUCCUAUUAGUAGUUGUCCAUGUGCCCGUAACGGUUAAAUGCACUUGCAUAUUUGUUCUAUGUUUAUCAUUUAUCAGUUAUCGCCUAUUUUUAACAGUCAACCGUAUGUUGCUAAAGCGAAAAUAUGAUCCCUUAAAAUUAAGAUAUUAAUUUUAUAGAAACCACGGGAUUUCGACAAUGGAGGAUUUUAAAGAAAUGCAUAAAAUUCAUAUAGGGAUAUCGCCCGACAAUUCCGAUAAUGAGUCUAAUGCUUCACUUCACAAUUCGUUUUAUGAAUCACUGAAACCAAUUCCUUAUACUGACCAUGAAAUCGCAUCCAAUGUUGCAAUUGUGAAUCCCGAUGGUACACGAGAAACGUGUUUUGCAAAAAUGUUUCCUGUUAAAAUUAAAGAGAGUUAUGGCGAGAGCAUAAAUUCUGUUAAAUCAGGGGAUCUUGUCUAUCAGACUGAUAAUCUGUUGCAAACCAGUGGUUAUUGGCCAGAAGAAUUGCAAAAGUUGAUCUGCGGAGAUUUUUGCAAAUUAUGUAAUUUAAUACCUCAACCGAAAUCUGAUUCAAAUCACUGUAAUAGUUACAUACAUAACAACAAUAUACAGUUGUGGUUGCAAAAUAAUGCAUCUUUUUUAGAGGUUGUAGUCACUGCGAACUGGCCUGAAAAUUUAAAAGAGCUCGUAUUACCGAACAUUUGUAAAUUGUGUAAUGUAAAUAUUUCUUCCCCAAAUAUUCUAAAAAUUCACUAUAGGUGUACUGAUCAUAGAAAUAGAAUCAAACAGUGGCUGUUACAUAGUCACAAAUUUGGAGUGCCGACGAAAAACUAUACGAAAGAGUUGAAAUUACAAGGAAAUCAAAGGCCUACCACAGCUGGUGCUGCUACCUUCUCCAGUUGGGAAUAUUGUUUUAUUUGCAGUACUGAUUUUAAAAGAACUGACAAUCAUCGAAAAACAAUUAUGCACCAUCAAAUACAUAAUCUGGUUAUGUCAAUUAUUUCCAGAGGUUUUUCAAUAGAAGUUGGUUGGAUAACACUUUUCAAGAAAGAUGUUUCUGAAACAAACUGCAACAUAUGCAGCGUUACAUUGAAAACUCCAAUGGUGGCCAUUAUGCAUUUCAAUAGCGAAACACAUGCUACACAAUGUGCAGCUUGGUUUCGGCGAAACAUAAAUCCAUCUUUGAAGGAAAUUGUGGAUAAGAUAGACACAAAAUGGUGUUACUGCAUGGUAUGCCAACGAAAAUUGGAUGGCACUAGCUGCGCAAAAUACCAUUACCGAAAUAUAGGGCAUAUAAAAAAGGAACGCCGCUACCAUGUCACAAAUAAAGUGAACAAUAACUUUAAAAACUCAAAAAUCAUAGAAAAUGCUGGCAUACAGAAAAAGAUCGAGACUACAAAUAGUAAUAUUUAUUUAACAAAAAGAUCAACUAACAAAGAAAAUGCUAGAUCACAAGAAAAUAUGGGGUCUGCAACUAGUCAAAUUGUAGAAUCAAAUACAAUCGAUGUUAUGAAGUCAUUGAAAGACCCUCAAUAUACUGAAAAGAAAAUAACAUUGUUUAAUGAUGCAAGGUUUGCGGGUGUCACUAACUUAGGACUAAACCGGAACAGACUAACUAAUGUUGGUAAUACCAGAAAAAAUAAAAAUCAACAAAAUACAGAAAAUGGUAAUACAACAGUCCCAGGGAACUCCCGGUAUGAUAAUAACGGCAAAGGAACGCAGCAAAACGAUCAAUUUGAUGAAGGGAAAGAACAAGGCAUUAUAAACCAGUUUAAAAAAUCAACUAAUAAAGAAAAUGCCAACAUAUCACAACAGUUCAGUCCUACAACUACGAAAGUUGUGUUAACAGAGCCAAAUGAAAAGGGUGUGAUUAAAGCAUAUACCAAAAAGAAAGACACAAUACCAGCUAAUGAGUCAAGGUUUGCUGGUGUCCUUGACUUACAAUUGAACCAAAACAGGCCAAGUACCGAUGAUAGUAGAGAAGUCCUAGUAAACUCAAUGUAUGGUAACGAAGCACAGAGAGAUGAUGAAUUAUCCGAAAAUCAAAUAGAUUGCUGUGGUACUUGCAUCAUUGUAUAGCAAGGUCAUGUAUUUCUUAUUUUGAUUAGUUAAUUGGUUAUUAAUUAUUAUAAUAAAUUUCUAUAAUCUUAACCCAACUUUUUGUUUUGUACCCAAAAUAAAUUAGCAAUAUUCUUCUCUACCAACACUGACUUUGUAGCUAAAGUAACUAGUAGUUAAUAGGAAAAGAAUUUUAUGUUCUAAUAACAUGUGUAAUUUUUUUUCUUUCUACUCAGUUUGUAAGUAGCAAAGUGUUUUUGCUCUAGCAUAUUAUUGUGAGUUGUAAAGUUUUUAAAGUUUUUGUUUAAGGUAAUUCAAUUGAUUAUUCCAGAAACCCAUUAAGCUGCAAAAUACACUAAAAUAAGUUAAGAGCAAAAUUUUGUAUAGUGUAUGACUAUGCUUUAAAUUAGGUUUUAUAU